GGGGCUGCGCGGCAACCCAUCACAACACCGCCGCUUGGCUGGUGGCCUAAUCACGCCCGCCUUGCGUGCUAGCUAGUCUUGCGUUCUAUUAACUCCCAGUGUGUUGAAGUGGUCAAGUGUGUGAAAUUUCAAGUGGAAAAUUAAAAAGUGUGUUAGGAUGUGUUUAAACUUUCCAAAACUAUUUCUGGGUUGAUACACACUCGUGGCUUUUGAAAACUUUUCUAGCCCUGUAGUUGAACAAAACAUGUAACGAAAAAUUCUGAUCGAACUUUUAAGUAUACUAUUCUGAAUUUGAAAACUCGGUUUGUUGAAGUGAUAUUGAUUGUGAAACAUUGUAACUUAUAAUCAAAAUCAACCUUAUAAUUGACAAAUUGUGCACCGACAGUUCAUUAAAUCAAGAAAGUGUGAAGUGAUGCGUUGAAUAGUGAGACGAGUUCUAUAAUUGUGUUCUUCAUUUUGUAAAGAAAGCGGUGUCUAUUUUGGCGACAACUGGACAGAAAUGAACAUUAUGUGAUAACAUUGACAUUUUUUACAAUACGAAACGAACAGUGAUGAACAAAUUUUACCUUGAACCUUGUUUUAGAUAUUGAGUGAGUGUUUAAACAAUGUGAAAGGUUUGUGAAGGAUUGGGUUACAUUUUUGGGGUCUAGUGGAAAAUGGGAUGAAUUGGGAUUGAAGUGGUGAGCGAAGUGACUUGCAUCUUGGACUGAAUUGGUGUCUGGAGCAAGUUUUUGGAACAGAGGAGGCAUCUAGCAGGAUUGGUGUCUGGGGCAAGUUCCAAGUGAAGACAGAGGCAUCUAGCAGGAUUGGUGGAGACGUGUCUAGAGCAAGUUUCUAGUUUUCUAGAGCAGGGUUGGUGGAGCAAGUGUUUAGAGCAAGUUUCUAGUUUUCUAGAGCAGGAUUGGUGGAGCAAGUGUCUAGAGCAGGCAGGGGCAUGAGCGGGUAUGAGAUCGGGCGAGCGGUAUGGGUUUGUGGGGCGACGCCGUGUUCCGUCAGCAUGACUGCCACGAUGGCUCUUUUCGGAAUGGUCUGGCUUCUACGCAUGCGCGCAGAGAUGCGUCGCUGCUCCAGAUGCCAUCGCGAGGGCUGCGCCCCCUUGGCCGCACACACGCACUCCCCCCACACCAGCACACCCAUAUUCACGGUUGAGGGUGCUGCCCAGCAGUCCCCCUCGCCACCUGGCACCUACUGCGAGGUCCACGGUUAUGUGCCUCGAAAAGAAGAUAUUCAAGAAUUCUACGAGCUGACACUUCUCGAUGACACGAAAUCGAUUCAACAGAAGACAGCUGAAACUAUAAGAAUAGCGAACAAAUGGGAGUCCAAUGACGGUCCCAUCACCAAUGAUGUAAGUGUCUCCCUGUCAUCCGCACCAAAUUAUCUGGAAGCAGUUGAGGUUUGCCCUGAGUCGCUGCUGCCGCUGACGCAGGCCCUCCUCACCCUGCAGGAGCAGCGAACCAUCACAAAUGAUCAUCUAGACCUCGACCUGGUCUACCCUGAGAAGACUCGGUACAGCGGCGAGGAGGAGUUGCCGCCCCCACCCUCGCCGCCACAGGUGAAGGAGACGGUCGACCUUGACGGGGUGCCGCGGCUGGCCAGCUGCGACCGCAUCAUCCAGCCCCAUGCCGCCCCUCUCCCACCUCCGCCUGCAGACCUCAACAACCACCUCAACAAUAAGAGCAGUGAAAGCUGGCAAGGCCACGAUAGCGAUCAGGCUCACACUCCCUUACUUGGCGCAGGGGAAAACAAGCACGUAAACGGAGAGGGAGAAUGGGAGUACGAGGAGAUAGUGCUGGAGCGCAGUGCGCCGGGCCUGGGCUUCAGCAUAGCCGGCGGCACCGACAACCCGCACAUCGGCGACGACUCGUCCAUCUUCAUCACCAAGCUGAUCCCGGGCGGCGCCGCGGCGGCCGGCAAGCGGCUCAAGGUCAACGACGUCAUCCUCAAGGUCAACGAGGUGUCCGUCGUCGAUGUGCCCCACUCGGCCGCCGUCGACGCGCUCAAGAACGCCGGCAACAAAGUCAAAUUGUUUGUAAGAAGAAAAACACAUGGUAUCCAAAACAUGGCCAUACAUGAAAUAGAGUUACUUAAGGGACCGAAAGGCCUUGGCUUCAGUAUUGCUGGAGGUAUUGGGAAUCAACACAUUCCUGGCGACAAUGGAAUAUAUGUGACUAAGAUAAUGGAUGGAGGAGCUGCUCAAAUAGAUGGUCAAUUGCAAGUUGGAGACAAGUUAAUAGCUGUUAGGAAUACUACGAAAGGUGCGAAGAAUUUAGAGAAUGUAACCCAUGAAGAGGCGGUAGAGACACUGAAGGCAACGCACGAAAGUGUCAUCCUGGUGGUUGGCAAGCCUGAUGCGUUGGCUUAUCUACCUCCACCUCCCCCAAUGCCCGAUGUUUCAACGAGUCCUCAGCCUUCUGUUCAGGAGUCUCUACAUGCUUCUACAACGCAGUUGCAUACUGCGACCCCCAAAUCUGUCAGCAUUGAGGAUGUUUCCAAUAGGGAGACGCGAACGAUAGUGCUGACUCGAGGCCCGCAGGGCUUGGGCUUCAACAUCGUGGGCGGAGAUGACGGCUUCGGCAUCUUUGUGUCGUUCAUCCUGGCUGGUGGACCGGCCGACGCCAGCGGCGAACUGAAGCGCGGCGACCAGAUACUCAGCGUCAACGGCGUCAGUCUCAAGAACGCCACUCAUGAGAGCGCCGCUCACGAGCUCAAGGGAGCAGGACAGACGGUUACAAUAGUAGCUCAGUACAGGCCUGAAGACUACAAUAAGUUUGAAGCACGACAAACUCAUGACAAGCCCAUCCAAUCAAUGGGAACAUUACUACCAACAUCACAGAAACGAUCAUUCUAUGUCAGGGCGCUGUUCGACUAUGACCCGUUGAAAGACGACGGCCUGCCGAGCCGCGGCCUGACGUUCCACUACGGCGAUAUCCUGUUUGUGACGAACGCGAGCGACGACGAGUGGUGGCAGGCGAGGCGAGUGCUGUGGUCGGGCGACAAGGAGGGCCUCGGCAUCAUUCCCUCGCAGAAGCGCUGGGAACGCAAGCAGCGCGCGCGCGAUCGCACUGUCAAGUUCCAGGGACACAUGCCUGUCAUGCUCGACAAGCAAUCGACUCUUGAUAGGAAAAAGAAGAACUUUUCAUUCAGUAGGAAGUUCCCAUUCAUGAAAAGUAAAGAUGACAAAUCCGAGGACGGUUCUGAUCAAGAACACUCUCCGACUACGCCAUGUUAUGAAGGGGAAUCAGCUGGUCUGCCAUUCAUGUUGUGUUACACCCAAGACGACCCAAGCAGUGAAGGUAUUAGCUUAAGCAGUAUUAGCAUUAUAGAAAUACUAUUUGCUACGGAAGAAACAAUUCUUUCUUAUGAGUCGGUGGCCCAGGAAAAUAUCAACUAUACUCGGCCGGUCAUCAUAUUGGGGCCACUAAAAGACAGAAUUAAUGAUGACCUUAUUUCUGAGCAUCCUGAAAAAUAUGGGUCAUGUGUGCCACAUACGACAAGACCAAAACGAGAAUAUGAAGUGGACGGCAGAGAUUACCAUUUCGUAGUAUCCAGAGAACAGAUGGAACAAGAUAUUCAGAACCACUCAUUCAUAGAAGCUGGCCAGUACAAUGACAAUUUAUAUGGUACUUCUGUCGCCUCCGUCAAGGAAGUGGCUGAAAAGGGAAAGCACUGUAUCCUAGAUGUCAGUGGUAAUGCAAUCAAGAGGUUACAAGUGGCUAACAUACAUCCAAUCGCUAUAUUCAUUAAGCCAAAAUCUGUAGAAUCAAUUAUGGAAAUGAAUAAGAGAAUAACUGAAGAACACGCCAAGAAAACCUAUGACCGUGCUCUCAAAAUGGAACAAGAAUUUGGAGAAUUCUUCACUGCUGUGGUCCAGGGAGACACUCCUGAAGAAAUCUACCAGAAAGUGAAGCAAGUGAUAACCGAGCAGUCAGGACCCACCAUCUGGGUUCCAACCAAGGAGCAGCUAUAACAUAGUCUAAAUCACUCAAUCGAAGCUUUUAGUUCGGUUUUUUAAAGUGUCUUAAUUUAUGUCAUUAUUUGUCUUAAACAUUGUGAAUAUUGCCCUAAUUGUAUCUGUCUGUCUACUCACAAAUUUUCGUUCAAUAUUUUAUGUAUCCCCCAUAUUAGAUGUAUCGUUUUUACAAUCGUUGAAUCUCGCAACAUAGAACAAUAAUAUUAGUUUUUAAUUGCAUAUAGCUCAAGGCCUCAGAGGUAAACAAUGCUUAUAUAUUAUUGACCUUGUCGAUUAAAAUUGUGAAAAUGUUCUGUUUGAAUACAUUAUAAAAUAUCACAAUUUUUAUAAUUGUUAGAUAUCAAUAUUUAGACCUGUUAUGACUCUUUUAAACGUGUUGUGUUCAUAAUUGAAUGCUUGUUGACCUCUGAUAACCUUGAUUGAUAUUAAUUUUUUUUUGCUGAAUUUGAAUCGUUGUUUGACAAUCAUUUGCUGCCUUCAUGUCAGUUUCAAAUCGACCAGAAAUACCCAACUAUUUUCCAAGUUCCCUACAUUAUACUGUACUUAUCUUUCGGAAAAUUAAUUUCUUAAUAAUAAUAGCAUUUAUAAUCUUAAUAAUAUUUGGCAUCUACAUCACCCCUUAUAGCCAACCCGUUUCACGACAUGGCGUUAAGUGACUAACUGAGUAAACAUUAGGUUUUUUGCGUGCAAUAGAACGGCUCUUAGCUUUUAUAAAUUUCAACUGACAAAUUUGAGAAUAACAGUCAAUGUUGAUUUUCAAAAUUUGAUUAAAAACUGGUUUAUUACGUAAAGUCUUCAUUCUCCUUCUGAAUAAUUUGGAGGCUUCAAAGAAAUCAAUUAUAUCAUCUAGUUUAUAUGCUUAUUAAUAGCAUACUAAAAUUUUAACUAAGAUUUUAUCUACUUUAUUGUCGAAUUCAACAGAUAUCUUGGCUUAUCUUUCAAAAUAAUUUUAAAGGAACCCUAUCCUAGCUUGGUAGUUCUUGCUUUCAAAUCAAAUUACUAAGAUUCUAAUUAGUAGUCUACUUUAUAAAAAAACAGCUACAAUUCACAAGUACCACGACAUUGAUCAAAUUCCUUUCAAAGAUAUAUUUGAAGAAAACUUGAAGGCAGCAUAUUGAGAAUUUAUGUUGAAAAAUUAUUUUUUAAAAGGCUCAUGUAUGUUACUUCAUUUGGACUUGUUGUAGCUCGUCCACUGCCCACAAAAAAUAUCACAUGUAGAAUAAUUAUUGUGAUUCUCAAUGAAGCUCUGUCAUCCUACAAAAUAUCAACUGUUAAUUGCCCAGUCGAAUUAAUCUGGUAGAAUGAAUUAAUAAUUUGAAUGACCCUGAGUUUUUAGCUCUAGAAAAAGGUUGUAUCAAUAUUGUAAACUCUCUAAUCACUAAUUCCUGAAUCCAGUUAUGUAUUAAAUUAUUUUGCUUCAAAGUUCAGUAUAACUCUAUGUUGCUAAAAAUACUUUCAUGGCUUAGCCGCUGAAUUGAAUUUUCAGUUUCAUAUUAAUCGAGUAAAGCGUCAUAUUUCUGUUGUUGUAAUUCAGUAAAUAAUAAAAUUUCACCUAAAUAAUACUUUCUCUGACGAUCGCAUGUUAUAAAAUGAAAAAUUAAUAUUUAUUGAAAUACGUUUUUAAAGUUCUAAAAUAAUCUUCUACUAGCAUCAAUAAUUUUUUCCAAGUGAAAUUUUGUGGCAAAAUUACAAUGAAAAAUCCAAUAGUGAGCAACAUUAUCAUCAACAUCCACUUAUUGGAAGCAUCACAUAUGAAAUUUAAUCAUUCGUGUUCCUAUUCUUGUAUUAAUUUUACUAGGUUUCUAACUGUGAAGCAGGAAUAUUGAGAACUACCAAGUAUUUUUAUCCUAGUUCAACAUGUAACUUGAUCUACUAUUUCUUCUCUAUUUAUUGAAGUUUUCAUGACUCUUUUCAUGAGCCUACUGCAACAUGAUUAGUUUUCAUCGAAUUUUCCAGGCUGCAAUACUCGAUUCAAUUAGUAUUUCAAUUGUCUUUCAGAAAAUAACUUGACUCUAAUAACAAUAUUUUCUAAUAAAUUCCCAAUGUUUGAAAUGGAAUGUUAUAAAAACUUGAGCUAUAGGCUCAUCUGUAGUGUUCUAUGUUUGAAAGUUAGUUCUGUUGAUAUAAUUUAAUUUUAUUAGAAGACUUGUAAUUUUAGUGUUUUGGAGAAAUAUUCAAUGUUUUAUUGAAAGCAUUAUUAAGUGUCCUCCAUCAUUCUAGUGAAGAAUGCAACUUUUGUGAAUCAUUAGAAAGGAGAUCUUUAAGAUAUAAUUCUGAACAAAAGUUUAUCAUUUUGACAUGACGCUUUAUAAAAUAAACGAGAAGCUAUAUGAAUGAUACUAGUAGAUAUUAAUCUCUUAUUAGCUUCUUCAUAUAUUUAUAUGAAGUGAUGUCAGGGUAAUAUGUUUUCUAGAUGUUUAUGUUCUGGUUGUUCGUUUUACAUGUAAUCUAAUACUGUAAGUUGUUAGUUUAAUCGUUAUCAAAUUUGUCGCAAGGAAUGAAUGAGAAAAAUGUACCAUUUGUAAUUUAUAAACAGUAUGCUUGUAUUUUUCAUGUUAACAUAGAAAAUGUAUUUCUAUGCUUAUUCUUUGACAAACAAUAAUUAACGUUAUUGAUUUGAAAUAUUUAUUGCUUCUGAAGAGUGAUAAUUCCCCUCUUAUGAUUUAAUCAUUAAUAGAAAGAUUUAACUUACCUUCUUCUGUUCGGAUACCAAUUGAUGUUGAAAUCACUUCACGAGCGACCUACCGAAUGAUUUUAUCCAUUGACUGGAACUGACUUUGUUGUCUUGUUAUUCAUAAACAAAUAUUGAUUUCCCAUAAAAAUGUGGAUACCAUUUUAUGUGAGAAUGUUAUAGAUAUUUCAUUAUUUUUAUAAUGUUGGAACACUGUAUUAUAAGAAUCGUUUAUUUUAUUACUUUGCAUAUGUGAACAAGUUUUUAUAUGAUUGACUCAUAUUUCUGUAAAUCUCAUUAUAAUAUUUGUUUUCGUGUUGGAACAUUUAUUGAUAUAAUUUAUUAUUAAAACGAUGUGCCAGAAGUGUAAGAUGCAAUAUAAAUGCCGGUUCAUUCACUAAACAAACAUGGACAUCUUUUGAACUGAAAUUGUUAUGAAGUGAAAUUAUAAUUAUUAUUAAGAUACAUGUAUAGUUAAUUGAUAAAUAUAUACUGUGUAAAAUAAACAAAUAUUAUAUAGAUAUAUGAAUAUAAAUUAAUUACUAAUAUUAUUAAAGGCGAUUUUUUCACUGUAGUUUGUAUAGUCUGUCGCCUAUGGAGAAUUGUUGGUAUCUCGGCAUUUCACAGGCUGUGAAUAGUCUGUGAGCCGAGACAUUUUUACGAUAGUGCAAAACGUUGUUAUGUGAUCCCUGCCAAUUAUUAAAAUGAUUUAACUUGUUAUCUGUUGGAAAAUUGUUCAAAUUGUUUUCACUGUAAAAAGCAGAUCUUAUAUCGAUUUGUUUUAAUAUGAACCUGAUAAAAAAUAUGCUCUAUGUUCAUGUAAUGAUAGUGUUUGGAUAAUUGAAUCUGGAUUUGUCUUGAUAUUUUAAUUCUAAUAAAAAAUCUUAUUGUGUGA